AUGUGGACGAGCCCACGCGAUCGGUUCCUGCAGGCAGAGAUCGACUCUGUGGAUGGUCUCCUCAAUGGCUUGUCCUCCGACGGGCCAGCUCUCUCCCGGUCCCGAGGCUUGACGCACCAACUCGGUUCCAGACCGGGACAAGGUUCAGGUUCUCCUCCAAGAUUCUUGCGAGACCGCGACGUUCCAUCGGGGGCAAGGCAGGGCGGGUCGCAGACGGCCUUGCAAGCGGGAUCCGAGAAAAGAUGGGCCUCGGACGUGCGCGGCAGCCAAAGCAGCUAUUUGCCGGCACAAGCCCAGCAGAGCCCGGCCGCUGUGCAGCCCACGAUGCCGCUCCCAGAGAGUUUCAGUGCCACAGAGUCGCCUCCCGCUCGGCCUUGCGGGCAGCUUCCAUCAUCUUGGCGCUCGUCGCCGCCGUUUCCUGGCGGACGGUCGCUUGCCGAAGAGGCUCUGCGAGCUGAGUGUGCUGCUUUGGAGGCAUCUUUUGACGAUGCACGCCACGAGGUGGAACAUCAGACCCGGCGUCGGGUUGCUGCGGAGCGCGCGGCAGCCACGCUUCGGAAAGAGCUUGGUCACCUGAAGGCAUCCCUUGUUGCAAUGGAGGCUGAGCGUGAAGGUUGGCAACUUCGGGAGGACCGGUGCCGCCGACUUUGCGAUGAGUCGAUCGCAGCAGCGGAGGAGCGGGCAGAACACCAUGCUGCUGAGGCCUCGCAGGCCCAAGUCGAGCUGCGAUGCUGCCGUGAGGAGUUGGGAGAGCUCCAACGCGAGUGGAAGAAGCCUCAGUCCUCUCAGAGCCCCCGCGCUCGUUUCAAAGCCGCCACGGGCAAUGACGUCGAGGCAGAGGCGAGUGACUGGUAUCUGACGCUGCAGGUCCUGGCCUUGUGUCAGCGGUUGGAGGAGGAAGCCUCCUCUGGCCAUGUUUUGGGAGAGAUCCAGAAGAAGGAGCCUUCCCUUUCCUCCGUGCAGAAGCAGCGCCGUGCUCAGCUCUCGUCAGAAGGCUCGGAUCCCGAUGCACAGCUCUCACGGACCGGACUCAGCCCCUGCAAGCAUGCAUUGCAGAGCUUCCACACUGGUAGGUCUCAGCCUCAGCUGCCCCUCCCUGCGCCACAGGUUCGCACCAUGCCGCUGGCAGUGGGCAGUGUGCCACUGGUGGCGGCGAAGGCGACCCCCGUGCACAGCCUGCCGCAAGCUUUGCCACCGGCAAGCACAGGGAUGCAGCGGUGCUACAGCACAGGGAGUUUGCAGCAAUCAACUUACUCGCAGACGCCACAGGUCACCCCUUGCGCCACUCCACCAGCUGUCCGAUUUUUCUCAGGAGUGAUUCCGAACGGUGAGGCGGCACCAAGCACCACGUUGCGGUCGGCGCUUCCUCAGCCAUCGGGGUAUCCACAAGCCGGUGCGCUCGUGAUGGUCAAGCAUCACUCCACGGCUUCACUCAGAAGUCACCACUCCGUGGAGAGGGGCAGCGUGAUCCAAGCGCCAACCCCAACAUCCAAAGAUACAAGCCCAAAGCGAGCAUCGCCAAGAGGACAAAGUCAGUAUGCCUCGAGGUACAGCCUUGCCAAAUCAGAAGAAGAGACGUGCACGUCUCCUCGAUCUGUCCGUUCCGUGCACUCGCAACGCUCACAGCGAUCGCGAAGCUUCAGCCCAAAGCAUGCAGAAGCAUGCAGUGCCAGCAGUGCCAGAGCAAGGAGCCGCCAAAACACGGCUACAGAGGCAAUGCGUGGCCGGGGUGAGGAGCAGGAUGAGGAGCCCCCAUGGGAGGUGCCCUACGCAGCACGCACCGGCAGCCAAUCACCCCGUGCAUCCACCCCGAAUGCUUGUGUCGUCACUCGAUCCGAUUCGCAGAGACGGCGGUACCAGAACCUCUACGAGGAUCAUGAGAUGCGGAAAAUGAAGUGGCAAGCGAAGAUGGAUGAAAAGAAGCGGAAAGAGGAGGAGGAGCUGCAGAAGAGCAUUGCCAACACGUGCAGCCCAAGGCAUUUCAAUCACGAGGAGUUUCAAAACUGGUAUGCAGACAGGAUGAACCAGCAGCAGAGCUUCGAAGCAACACGCCAGGAGAAGAAACGCUCUGAGGCCCGGCUGCGCGCCUUCCAGGAGCUAUCCGAGUGUACCUUUACGCCCAUGGCGCCUGCCAAGGUAAGCCGUGGGCCCAAGCAACGAUCAGGCAGCGUUCCUAUGGAGUCCCGGCCUGUGGUUCACGAAGGUGACCAGCAGGCGACAGCAGACGAGUUGGUUGCUGCACAGGUCACUCAGAUCGAAGCGUUUCGCCACCUGGAGAAGAAGGAGAGGGAGAUGCGAGAAGCUACGCAGCGUGUCUUCAGAGACUUCCUGGAGAGAUCCCUCGAGGAGGGUCGGCGAAAGCUGAAGCUCUUCGAGCAAACUCCCGAAGGUCGCGAGUACCUUGCCAGCCGAGCGAAAAGCUACGUGGAGUUGAACCGAAGCAUGAGUCACUCUGCUGCUCUGACAGAGGCCAGGGGAGAUCUCCAACGCGCCAGCGAGGCAAAGCUUCAUUCGCACGCUGCGCAGCUGAGACAGCAGCGCGCGCAGAAGGAUGCGCAGCAGCUUCAGCUGGCGAGAUUGAAGGACUGGUAUGAGCAGAACAAGGCGCAGUUCUCUCCGCCUGUUUGCAACAAGUUGAUGCACAGGGGCCAGUUGAGCAUCAUGUUCGUUGGUGGUCCUAACACCCGCAAGGACUUUCACUUGGAGGAAGGGAGUGAGUUCUUCUUCCAGCUUCGCGGCAAUAUCCAGCUGCCAACUGUGCAGAAAGGCAAGAGGAAGCUGGUCAAGAUCAAUCAGGGUCAGGUCUUCUGCCUGCCGUCCCGUAUUCCUCACUCACCACAAAGACCUGAGGCUGGUUCCUUCGGCUUGGUCGUGGAAAGGCGACGAGAAGACAAGGAGAUGGAUGGUCUGAUCUACUACGAGGACUUCAAUACCUGUGACAAGGUACGCUGGGAAAAGUUCUUCCGGUGCAACGACCUGGGGAAGGACCUGCCGCCCGUGAUCGAGGCUUACAAGGCUUUCGAAGCUUCGCCGGCUGCGAAGCUACCUCAAAGCUGGAAGGAGGAAGAUCGACCUGUUUGCCAAGACAAGAGCACGGAGAUCCCGGAGCCCUUCUCUUUCCAGGACUUCCUGACCGCCAAUGCCGAGAAGCUUGCAGCAGGCGAGUCCGUGAGCCUCUUCGGCUUCGACCAUCCAGACCAGGAGUUCGAAGUUUUCGUUAUCGGAGGCCGGUCAGAACAAACCGGCCAGAAGUCUGAGUACGAGACUUGGCUCUACCAAGUGCGUGGUGCUGCACACAUUGCGGUCAACUCGGGCACUCUUGCCCUAAACGAAGGAUGUUGCUGUAUUGUCCAAGCUGGUCAGCCUUUCGAUGUCGCUAGGGCUGAAGGUUCGAUCGGCCUCGUUCUCCGACAGAAUAGCCGUGGCAACAAGCCCACAAACGGCAACGGACACGCAUGA